AUGGCUCGGAAGACGUUGGGAGAGCGAGCAGGCAUGUUUCUCACUGCUGUUCUUCUCCUCGUCAUAGGUAUACAUGUUUGUCUUCUGGAGUCAGAGAAUCUCCGCUUCCGGCAUCCAGGGCGCGCUUUGCAGGUCGGGCAGGCAGCUCCUGAAGGUGGAUUUGAAGGUGGAAAUGUGGAGGAUCGUGUAUUGGCGGAUGACCAACCUACGAAGGACAGUCCAGAGAAGACUGGCUCAGCUCCAUCCACUCGCCCAGAGAAGCCUUCACUGUUGGAGGUUGAGGCGGAGGUGAAAAAGGAUGAUGCAUUUGCACGCCACAGUGCAGAAGAGAGCAUCAAAGAGAAUCCGCAGAACGCCUCAACGCUUGAUCUCAAGGUUGAGGUUGUGAGUGAUGAUCAUGUCGAAAAAGAGCCGGAGGAGGAGCAAGUAGUCCUACUGGAGAUGCAUCCGCCCGAGUGCCAUUGCCCAUCGGUGCUAAAUGGCUGGCACAAACCUGCGGAUCCAAAGUGUCUUCAGAACUGCUCCAGUUCUUUUUUCCAAGGCGGCAGGCCUGUAGUGGGGAUCCAGAACGGCCCACUGGUUUUCCCCGAGCAGCAUGACGAGUUCUGA